AAAUAUAUUUUUUAAGAUACUAAUAAUUAGGUACUUAUAAAUUAGUAUUAUCAAUUAUUUUGCAUGUAUAAUUCCGCCUCUAGUAUAAGUGUUAAUUGAAAACUAACUUUAUGUUUCAAAAAGUACUAGCAAAGUCGUUGAGUAACAAGCCACUGAUGCUAACACAAAUAGCAUUGUCGUAAUUAAAUAUUUCUAAAUAUUCAUUUUUCAUUUUGAACCUGUAGAAACAAUUUAUUAUAUAUACUAUUAGCUAAGUAAUUGCAUAUUUAAUUAAGUCGAAAUAUAAAACUUAGUUAUUUUAAUAAUUUAAAAAAUAAAAAACUGACAAACAUUUCAAUUUAAUUUAUGGUUGGAACAAAAGACAGUUAUUUUUCAUUAAUUGAAAUAUUGCAAUGCAGAGUACUUUCCAAAAUACGCCGAGAGUAUUCCUGAUGGUGAAACGAGCGUUGCUUCAUCGAACGCAGCUAAAGAAAACAACAUCUAUGUAGUUGGUGGUACGAUGCCUGAAAUAGGGGGCGAUAAAUUGUACAAUACCUGUACUAUUUGGGGUCCCGAUGGAACUUUGAUAGCAAAACACCGAAAGGUACAUCUAUUCGACAUCGACAUUCCUAAUAAGAUUACUUUUCGAGAGAGUGAUUCACUCAGUCCUGGUAACUCCCUAACGACGUUCGAUGUGAAGGGCUGCAAAAUAGGUAUUGGCAUUUGCUAUGAUAUUAGAUUCGAGGAAAUGGCACGCAUUUAUCGGAACAAAGGCAUCAAGUUCUAUUUACACAUCGAACGUUGAAAUACGGCGAAAUACAAAAUGUACAAACCACUCUGGACAUUAAUUAACUUUAAACGUUAUUGAUUAAUUAAAGAAACCAACCAUUGUGUUGAUUUUUACAUUUUGAAAAAUUGUUAUCCACUUUUGCUUUGUUUAAAAAUUGAAAAAAAAAUACGUUUAUUGUAA